CGCCGCGGGAUGCAGCCGGCGUCGGCGACAUCGUGGUGGUGCUGCCGGUGCUGCUCUCAAAGUGCUCCGCGCUGAAGUCGGGUACGCAUCGCUCCCUUCUCCUCUCCGGUCCGCGCACCUCUUCGGCGUGCGGCGCGCGUUGUUUUGGGACAACGCUUCAGCCCCCGUGGUUCGCCCCGCUUGCGGCGUGCGCGUAACGCACCUUCAGCGGGUUCGCCCGGUGGCCCCCGGCGAGUCGUGACAGUUCUCGUGCUGCGAACGAGAGCGGUGACAGCGGUCCUCGCGCAGUUCGGUUAGGUAGUGCGAUUGGCUCGAACAACACGUUGGCGACAACACGAGUGUCGGUGCGCAAACUGGUCCACGGCGUUUCUGGAAGGUAGGGGGACUGCGCCGAAUACGAACUUCGUGCGAAACUUUGGAAUCGCCGUUCGCUGAGUUGUCAUUAAGGCAAGUACAGUAACUUCUUGCCUGUGCUUUACAGAGACGUGACGAUACAUUGCAGUCUGAUAGGUGAGCAAAAGUGGCAAUUGCAACUGGACAACCAAACUCUGCUUCAACCGAGACGCUACGGAAACGAAAGUUGAAUCCUUUUCAUCCGGAAAUCUUGCGUGCCUUCUGAAGUGUCAAGAACGACGCCGAUUUUGCUCCUUUGAACGGGAACCUCUCCGUGCCUAAAGUUGUGUGGCCAGGAAACGGAACCUCUAGUUCUUCGUUAUCCGCGUCGCUCUCUACGGGACGUCCGACACGGAUCGACACAGCGGGAGGACGCCCUCGCUGAGCAUCUAAAAGCCCUGGGAUAGCUCGAGUUGUUUUGGCGAGAGAUACAUCACGAACCUGGAGUUGGCUGUUUCGGCCGAAAUCAACCAGUCGUCAUGAUGCCAAAGUUAAAAGUGGCUGCCAUCCUACUCUUAUGGACUUUCACAGGACGCUGCAUUGCAGGUCCGCUGGGAGACGCCACUGCGAGUCGACGCUACGCACCUCGUUCGAACGCCGGAGGUGACGUAGAAUAUAGCCGCACACAACGAUCCGGAGCGCUGGACGAGAAGCCUCACGUGGUGCACCCAGUGUCAAAAGAUCCUACGGCGAAUAUACCUGAAAAGGAGCAAGUCAUCAACAAGCCGAAUGAAGGUUCCUUACGAGAGCCUCCAACAAGAUACCAACUGCCGCAAACUGUCAGCUCACCAAAUGUGGCGAGGAGCAUAGACCGAAGGCUGGGCUCACCUAUAAAAGACACUUCGACAAAGAUUCAGGAAAGACCACAGGUGCCUCCGAGAGUGCCCCUACCAGCAAGGCCGUACGGCGAGCGUGACCCUGUUCCUCAAAUUCCGGUGCCACCAUCACAGAGUGCCAUCAGCAACGCACAUCGUCCACCAUAUGGAGGCAACAAACAGGACUACCCUGGGCCACCGAGAUGGCCAGCAUACCCCCGGCCACCCUUUGGAUAUGGAGUGCCCGUCGGAAACGUCCAAGUGCCCACCACGCCGAAACCACCAAGCUGCUUCUACAAGUCCGAGCGGUACGAGCACGGUGACUCAGUGGAGACCCCUGAGCCGUGCCUGAACUGCACCUGCCAGAAGGGCGUCCUGGUCUGCUACCUGCGCGUGUGCCCGGCCAUUGGCACGCCGGCGCCAGGCUGCUUCACUGCGAGGGAGGCCGGACAGUGCUGCCCCAGCGUCUUCUGCAGCGGAGAUAAGAAGUCCGAAACAACAACAACACCGCCGCCUCCGACCGACGACGACUACUACGACUACCCCGCGACCGUAGACUACGACGCUGAAGCUACCACUACCACAACCACGACUACCACUACAACCAGGAGGCCCGUCACAACAUCUACCCGCAGGUACAGCUUCGCUCCCAAGCCCGUCAAGCGGCCGUACGACAGCGGCAUCGACGAAGUCGAACUGUCCGCCAGGACACCCAGCGUCAUCGUGGAGCAAACGGAACAGAGCACGAUCGCGGAAGUCGACGUCGCGACCACCACAACCGAGUUGCCUUCGACGACCACGACGACCACGACCGAAGCAGCCCAUACGUCUCCCGAGGCUAUGACCGCUGGACGGCCGGCUACGACAUUCGCCCCGACCACGAGGCAGCAGCAUCCGACCGGCACCGCCUCCUCUACAGAAGACGUCGUAACUGUGACGGCAACCGGAAUCACUCCCACGGCGACCACGUCACUGCCGGUGACAACGACAACGGCUUCCGUCGGCCUUUCAGGAAGCGACCACCGCGACAAAGUGGACGUGACGCAGCAGUCCGACUCACCUGCCAGCAGACCCAACGCUGGGCCAAAACAGGGUCAGACAGAAGCAAGCACCGCAACUGCUAUGACGCCUUCCACCACAACCAGUACUACGAGUGAUGAGACGAACACGCCUCCAAAGCCGACAGGCCAGGAUACCGGUAACACGAUAAACCUGAGGUCCUGGGAGGAGGGCCGAAAGUGGUCGUCGUCACCACUACCACUACCAGAGCCACUGGAGUUAGCACAGCGUCUGCCACGACAGAAUUGCCCUUCGACAGCAACGAAGCCUUGGCGGACGCCGGGUACGUCGCCGGCACGACGUCGCCAAACGAGGUCGGGGCGCCCGUGCGAAAGCCUCUGA